AUAUAUACCUGAAUAUUGUCUGGGAGUAGUCGGACUGGACUACAUAUGUGUAUGUGUUAGUGUGUGUUUAUGUGUGUAUAAUAUAAAUAUAUCGUCGAUUGUGGAUGUGGUGAAGUGUACGCCUGCUGUGUCUUGUUUACAAGAAAACUAUACGGCCAGACUUUUAUACCGAUGUUAUGCUAGACGAGGCUGAUUGAGACUAUAAAUUGGAUUCCGUGAGAGCGCUGUAACAAUAAGAAACCUCAGAUGGUAGAAGCUAGAAGCUGCUUGGUCUUGUCGUCGUCGGUAUAAUUAGGCCUACGUUUAAAAGUAGCAAGGCCAGAUGUGAUGAAAACCAGUGGAGACGAAAAACAGGACCCUUUUACACACUGAUCGCAGAAUAUCUGACGGAGAACGGAACUGAACUGGCGGCGAAGAUGGUCGAUAAAGUACGACGAGUGCUUUGAACGAGAAAAUGAGCGCGAUUAUUUCUGCAACAUCCUGGAAACUGUAUGAUGAAAGGUUUUUAUUAAAGUACCUUUGUUUGUAUCUGUUUGUAUCACGUCUAGCCGAAUCGUGUACCAAAGUGUCGUCUUGCGCAUGCGUGUUUUCACUGGGAACAAUUGAUCUUUCACCGUUGUCUAAUUCCAAUGGCACUGCAGUUUUUCAUAAUUUAUCAGGUAUUGAUGGUCGCUACAUGUACUCGUGGAAUCCGUGCAACUCGUUCAGUGAUGGCGACGGGUGUACUAAUGUAGCGGCGUGCCAGACUGACCUAGAUGGACACCAGUAUAGCCUGGGGACACAGGACACGUCACACUUCAUCACUGACCGCCGUCUCGGUCUGUUGAUCACGUAUCACGCUGUCACAGACGCUCACAGACGACUGUUUGUUCGACUGGAAUGUAACCACAGUGUGGAGCAUGUUCUCCACGUGCAGGGUGAAACAGCUCCAGGAAGUGCGAAAUACUUUAUUAAUCUCAUCAGCAAAUAUGCCUGUCCCAUUCCCGGAGGUGUGGUUCCCACGACUACACGUAUGACGUCAGGGGAGAUUCUCGUCAUUGUACUGGCAGUAGUAGUUGUUCUCUGUAUUACACUGGGUCUGUGUUUUCAACUUGUUGUCUGGAAAGCGUCAGGCAGAAAGAUGUUUCCAGACUACUGUUUGUGGGUUAACAUACCAGACAUGGUCAAGAAUUUCCACGCCAGCUACCGAGUUGCCCGCGACACUGAUACCGAUGCAGCUACCUUAGUGUACCACAUAGACACAGAGAGCAGCUCUUAAACAUAGAUGUGUGGCAACGAAACAUAUAUACAGAAAAGUG